CAGCCCAGAAACGUGCAGCCUUUUAGUGAUGAAGAUGCUUCAAUUGAAACUAUGAGCCUCUGCAGUGGCUUCAGUGAUCCUGCUAGCUUCACUGAGGAUGGGCCUGAAGUGGAUGAAGAAGGCACUCAAGAAGACUUAGAAUACAAAUUGAAGGGAUUUAUUGAUCUUACAUUGGACAAGAGUGCAAAGACAAGACAAGCAGCCCUUGAAAGUCUGAAAAGUGCUUUUUCUUCUAAAAUACUAUAUGAAUUUAUCAUGGAAAGGAGAAUGACUCUAACUGAUAGCAUUGAACGCUGCAUAAAGAAAGGUAAGAGCGACGAACAGUGUGCAGCUGCUGGACUGGCAUGUCUCCUGUGUGUGCAGAUGGGGUCAGGAAUCGAGAGUGAGGAGAUUUUUAAGACCCUUGGUCCAGUUCUGAAGAAGAUUGUCUGUGAUGGAACAGCCAGUAUCCAAGCCAGACAGGCUUGUGCAACCUGCUUAGGGAUUUGCUGUUUCAUUGUCAUCGAUGACAUCACGGAACUGUAUUCUACUAUGGAAUGCCUGGAAAACAUCUUCACAAAGGCCUAUCAGCGAGAUAGAGACACUAAUGGUGUAUCAAGUACCCAUAACACUGUGCUUCACAUCAGUGCUCUCUUAGCAUGGACACUAUUGUUGACAAUUUGUCCAAUGAAUGAAGUGAAGAAGAAAAUUGAAAUGCACUUGCAUAAACUUCCAAAUCUGCUAUCUUGUGAUGAUCUCAACAUGAGAAUAGCUGCUGGAGAAACACUAGCCCUUCUGUUUGAACUGGCACGUGAAACAGAUGCUGAUUUCUUUUAUGAAGAUAUGGACCUUCUAACAGAGAAGUUAAGAGCUCUGGCCACUGAUGGAAACAAGCACCGAGCCAAAGUGGAUAAGAGAAAGCAGCGAUCUGUCUUCAGAGAUGUUCUGCGAGCUGUUGAGGAACGUGACUUUCCUACAGAGAUGGUUAAGUUUGGACCUGAGCGCAUGUAUAUUGACUGCUGGGUUAAAAAACAAACUUAUGAUACCUUCAAGGACAUUCUGGGCUCGGGGAUGCAAUAUCAUUUGCAGUCCAAUGACUUCCUUCGGAAUGUGUUUGAGCUUGGUCCACCAGUAAUGCUAGAUGCUGCAGCUCUUAAAACAAUGAAGAUAUCCCGUUUUGAAAGGCACUUGUACAACUCUGCAGCAUUCAAGGCUCGGACAAAGGCUAGAAGUAAAUGCCGUGAUAAAAGAGCAGACGUCGGGGAAUUUUUCUAGAUCUCCUUUUUCAUGGGGUUCAAUUUUCGUAUUAAAAUAGAUUUGUAACAUU